CCACACUCUGUUAUCUUAGUUAAUGGGCCUUAAAUAAGCCCAUUUAAUUUACAACCACCCGAAUAUCUUUCUACCAUAUCUUCGCCUACGAGUCGCUCGCCGGCUUCCCAUCGCUGCAGGACUCGGAAGCACCAAACUCACCCCCAAUGCGUCACUGAGUCCACCCGUGUGCCUCGUAUUCCAAGCUUCUUCGAUCUCCCUCUUUUGGUUUCGUUUCUAAUCGUAAUGGAAUCGUUGCAGAAACCCUAAUUUAGGAGGCUUGUGUUAAGUAGCAAUGGUUAAAAACACUAGUGAUGGUGAGUGGACAGUGGUCUUACCUAGUAAACGAAGACAGGGGAGAAGAAAACCUAAACCUAAGAUUCAGGAAGAAGAAGAAGAAGAGAAGCCAUGGAAGUCAGAUGAUCUUGAGAUCGAUCCUCAAAGGCAAGCAAGAGUGAAGCUGAAGAUGGAAAACUCUAUCAAGAAAGUCGAGAGCUCAAAAUUCUACACUACAUUCUUGGAACAGCUCAACUGCCCCGAGGUUUCGGACCAGUUUCGCCUCGUGUUGGGAACCGAAACACAGCUUCAGAUGGUGAUGUAUGGUAUAGGAAGCAUCGAGUCUUACGAAUCUCCUAGGUUUCAGCUCAGCAUUGCAAUCUUGAUGAAGAGGGAGUUUGAUUGGGUUGGUAACAUUGAAGUAUUCGAUCCGGUUCUCUCGGUGACUGAAUCUAGUGUUCUGGAAUCGUUUGGAUGUACUGUUUUGUCUGUGAACGAGCAAGCUCGUAGGGAAGCUUUGAAGCCUACUCUUUUCUUCAUGCCGCACUGUGAAGCCAAUCUGUAUAACAACCUGUUGCAAGCAAACUGGAGGAUGGAUAGGUUGUCGAGAAUCGCGUUGUUUGGGAACAGCUUUCAGAUGUAUGAGGAGCAGGUGACGUUAGACCCGGGAGUCAUCCGUGCCACCAAACGGAUCAUAGCUGCACGAAGAAUCACUAGUGAGUUUGCUAUUGAGACGGUAUCUGAUGAUUAUUUUCCAGCGUUCCAUGAUUCAAGCUGGCAUUUUUUCAGCUCCUGUUUAGACUCGGAGCUGCCAUUGUUGGUUUCAGAGGGAUUAUAGAUCAUUGUUUUUUGCAUUUUGUCAGGUCUUUGUAUUGUCUAUCCUCUUCCUGCAUAAGUUUAGCCAUUGAAGUUGUUGACUUUAUCAUUUGCUUGAAACAGUGAAUAUGUUAUCAUAAAUUAACAUGUUGUAUUUAGUUCUCACAGCUAAGUUGAUCUUCUUGGUUUAGA